UACUUCCCGGCAUGGCGCCCGUCUGCGGUGUGCUUAAGCUGGCCGCCGUGGGGCCUGCUCCCGGCUGCGAGCUCGCCGUCGUCGGCAUGGGAACCGACCGGGGCGGCGGCAUGAUCGUGGCAUGCAAGCCUCCGCCGGGCGGCUGGGGCGAGGGGCUGUGCGGCCAGACAACGGCCGGACGCCUAUUCCUGCCAGGAGAGGGAUCCAGCGGCCGGACGGUGAGUGUGGCCUGCAAGGCGACGGCUUUCCACACCACCGGCGACCGCGACUUCACCACGCCCGGCGACUUCCGCUCCGGCGAGACGGACGCCGUACCGACAGGCAGACGCAGCAGGAGAUUCACCACCACCAAGCAGGCUGCGUUCCACGGCGACUUCCUCACGCUCGACGAGCUGGCCGGCUUCACGGGCGACGGCCUCUCCUUCGACCGCAAAAGCGACGGCGUCCCGGCCUUCCGCUCCGGCGACUUCGGCACGCCCGGCGCCUUCCACUCCGGCGAGGCGGACGCCGUCCCGACAGGAAGCCGCCGCAGCAGCUUCACCAUCACCAAGGAGGCCGAGUUCCACGGUGACUUCCUCACGCUCGACGGGCUGGCCAGCUUCACGGGCGACGGUCUCUCCUGCGACCGCAAAACCGGCGGCGUCCGGGACUUCCGCUCCGGCGACUUCGCCACGCCCGGUGCCUUCCACUCCGCCGAGGCGGACGCCGUCCCGGCAGGCAGCCGCAGCAGCAGCUUCACCAUCACCAAGGAGAGCGCGUUCCACGGCGACUUCAACACGCUCGACGGGCUGGCCGGCUUCACGGGCGACGGCCUCUCCUUCGACCGCAAAAGCGACGGCGUCCCGGCCUUCCGCUCCGGCAACUUCGCCACGCCCGGCGCCUUCCACUCCGCCGAGGCGGACGCCGUCCCGGCAGGCAGCCGCAGCAGCAGCUUCACCAUCACCAAGGAGGCUGCGUACAACGGCGACGGCGACUUCCUCGCGCGCGGCGGUCUGGCCAGCUUCACUUCUGGCGACGGCCUCUCCGGUGCCCUGGGCAUCCGCUCCGGCGACAUGAUCUACAAAGCGAAAGGGUUCCACGGCGACGGCGACUUCGUCAUGGGCGGCGGGCUGGCCUUCUUCACUUCGGGCGACGGCCUCUCCAGCGGCCGCGACGGCGCCCUGGGCAUCCACUCCAACGAGGGCAUCUCCGGCGGCCGCAGGCCGACAGCGUUCCGCAGCGACAGCAACUACAUCACGCGCGGCGGCAUGGGCCCUUCAGGUGAGGGCCUGGGCGGCGGCCGAAACGCCCUUGGUUUUCGCUCCGGCCAGAGCCUGUGCGGCGGACGGAAGAUGGACAAGCUCUGCAAGGCGAGAGCUUUUGGCGGCCGCAUGAUCGGCGUUGCCGUGGGUUUCCGCUCCGGCGAGGCACUCUCCAUCGGCCCCAAGAAGGACGUGAGCUGCAGAGCUGCUGGCCCAAAGGCCAGCGACUCCCCAUUGGGCCCGGAGCAUUUCUCGCAUAGUGAGCUGCUAGACUUUCUCGCCAAGAAGACGGUACUCGUACUGGAGCAGGUGCAUCUCUCCAAGACGGAGGGUGCACCAUUCGACGAGAUGGAAGAGCUCCGCGGCGAGUGCGAGGUCUUCGUCAAGGAGGUGAUCCAUGGCCGGCUUUCUCUCCAUGCCGCCGACAUCAAAUUAAUGGCUUUACAUAGUCGUAUUAGGCUCAUAUUGAGCUGGUGUCUGGCGGAAGAAGCGGGGCAGUUCCGUGGCCCAAUCAGGGAUACUGGCUUCCCCACAAACGAGACGCUGGAGAAGGCGAAGAGGAGCAAGCUACUUCUCGUCAUGUUCGUCACCGAGGCUGACCUCGACUCGUGUCUGAAGGAGCGGUCCCAGAAGGAUCUGUUUGGACCAAGGGGGCCUGGGAUUAACAGCCAUGCGUCUCUUGCCGAGCUUCUGCACAUGUUCAUCAGGAAAACCGCGCUCAUCCUCGACAAUCUCCCGGAUCUUGUUCUGCAGCCACAAGACGGUGGCGCUCCGGUGACCCUGGGUCAGCUUCUCUACUUCUCACUGGAGCUGCAGGAAAUGCAGAACCGAUGCCAUAUCCUCGAGGCAGAGGCUGGGGAUGGACAGAUAUCUAGCAAUGUGGCGUAUGGGACUCUGCUGGGGAUUCAUGAGCGGCUGCGCACAAUCCUCAUCAUUCUUCGCGACUGUUUCUAUGGGGAGUUGGUGGUGGACGGCGGGCGUCGGUUUCCAGCAGUACUCACCAAACUUCUCAAGCACUGUCUGAUCUACUCCAUGUCGCGGACGGAGGAGAGCGUCAAGGAGUACAUCAGCAAGGAUUAGCUCUAGGUUCUGUUGCUAGCUUAAUUUGUGACCAUGUAUGCUAUGCAAACCGUGACGAGCACUAGCUUAUUUGCAUUCAGAACUCGAUCUUUGCUUAUUAACCCGGUUUGUUCCGGCGCCUUCCUUUAAUUUGCUCAACUGCUAAUGAACCUUGUGUUUCCAUCAA